AUGACCGAGGAUCAUCGAGGCAAGGUGCCAAGCUGGGAUGGGGAUCCCAAGACUUGGCGGACAUACAGGCGGAAGGCCCUCCAGUACCAGGAGGGCACCAAGAGGGAGGACCGGUACCUGUGCGGCCCGCGGCUGGAGGCGAAGCUCACGGGCCGGGCCGAGAUCGCGGUCGAGCGCUGCAAGGCUGGGUGGCUCUCCAGACCAGAUGGCGUGGAGCGGCUCCUGGCGUGGCUAGAGCGCAGAUGCUCUCGACAAGCCGUGCCAGACGUAGGCCAGGAGCUCGAGACAUUCUUGAUCAAGACGAAGCGCCGCAAGCUCGAGCCAAUGCAGCAGUGGACGGACCGCUUCGAGACAGGGUACCAGUACCUCAGACGCGCGCUGGCACGCGCGCUGGGACACACAGUCCCGGUCCAGGUCGCUCCAGCAUGGAAGUGGACAGGGCGACCAUACCGCUGGGUCGAGGUCGAACGUGGCUGGCCAUUCGAGGGUAGCGAAUGGACAUGGGAGUACACGGACGGCCUGCCAGACGAUGAGAAAGAGGACUCACACCUCUGGAGUGCUGCUGACCAGGAUGCGGACGCCGAGGAGGAGCUCGGGGACAUGCCAGAAGUGUUCCCGAGCCUGGUCCUGGGCUGGCUGAUGCUCGUGAGGUCGGGGCUCGACUCGCGCGAGCGGGCGGCCAUCAUGACGGCAACCGGCGGCUCGCUGGAGGUCAACACCAUCCGGGAGAAGCUGAUCUCGAGCUGGGAGGACGAUGACCUGGCGGAGCGUGAUGGGCACUCACGGUUCCCGAAGGCGUACACGGCCCAGCUCGGAGAAGAUGAUCGCACAUGGCUUGACGGAGAUGAGGCACCAGAUGCGAGCAGCUUCGCAGCCGACAUGGAGAACAGCGAGUGGCAGGAGGAAGAACCAGGCCCAGAGGAGGCGAACGAUGACGACAUCGAGAGCUACUUGGCGGCUCAGCAGGAGGAGGCGGAGGCGCUCGCGGCGAUCCACACCGCCCAGCGUACCCUCCGCCAGGCUCGUGAAGCUCAGGCAGACAGCAGGCUGAGCAGGGGCUUCUACAGGGGAGGUCGGCCAGCGCCGAAGGGGUCAGGCAAGGGGUCCCCAGCGGGAUCACGCCGACCACUUCCUCCCCAGGUAGGAGGCAAAGGCAAGAUCUUGCCACCAAACAAGGGGCAGAAGAAGUGCGCGAAGUGUGGAGGACCCCACUGGGCUCAGGAUUGCCCGGACCGUCAUGACCCACGUCUACGGCCGGGAGCUGCAGGCACGCCAGACGCGAGCGCGAAGGUGGCAGAGUGCAGGAAGGAGCUGAAGUUCAACCUCGUGGCCUCGCUGGUCGCCGAGCAGGAGCCCCGGGAGUCGGAGUGCGAGGCGAUGUUUGCGGACCAGGCCAUCCUCGAGGGCCAGGGCAUCGUCGACUUAGGGUGCACGGACGCCAUGGGUGGUGAGCGCGCCCUGGACAUCGUGGCCCGCAAGAACUUGGAGAAGCAUGGCGACACCAGGCUGCUGGACGUGAACCUGGACUACAGGCCAGUCUACAGCUUCGGGAAUGGCGAGAAGGAGCGCGCCUACGGACAGGUGAAGUUCGGCAUCACGGGCGCGGGCGUGGAAGGCGACAUCGCCAUCAACGGUUUCUCGAAGGAUGUCCCGAUCCUGGUGUCCAAGAAGGUGCUGAAGAAGCUCGGGGCCGUCGUGGAUUGUGAGACUGGGGUGGCCGUGUUCGUGAGGCUCGCACCGGACAUCCCCGUGCAGCUGGAGGAGUCACCUGACGGAGGCCACUACUACCUGAGCCUGGUCGACGACUUGCUGGAGCAGCGCGUCAAGGACCAGAGCCAGCUGCGGAACUUCAAGACCAUCUGCGAAAGCAUGCGUGAGUGGGACCGCCAGCCCGUGGCCGCAGUGUGCCAGGGGCCGGACAGCAGCUCGGAUGACCGGGCUGAGCAGUUGCAGCGCUACAUGUAUCCAUCUCAAUCCGAUCACAGCAUUGUCACCGAUGCGUCUCCAGUUGGUUCAGCAGGUGCGUGCAGAGGCCAGUCGUGUGGCCAAGCCCGCAGCAUUCAUCACAACAGUGGGCCACAGCCUCAGAAGGGUCCCGCAGUUGAAGGCAGCGACCGUCCCAGUGUCCAGUCUCAGUUCCAGCUGAACCGGGCAUCCCAGGUGAACCAGGGGGUCCCGCUGCAGAUCCAUAGCCGUUCGGGCUCGAGCCAGGCAAGUUCACCCGAGUCGACAGCGACCGACGGCAUCCAGCCACCCGCAGUUCCAGAUCCACCAGAUCUUCCAUAUAUUCCAUAUUCCAGGCCGAAGGCCGUCGAUGUCAGCAAAGAGAUGCGCUGGGGUAACAUCAUCCGCGGGGCGGUCCAGCUCACCUGCGCCAGGAUCGCAUGCUCGUGCGGUACGACCACUCCAGAUGCCAACGUGCUGCACUUACUUCAGGAGCUUGGCCUACCGUGCAGUCCGGCCUGGGGCGUGGACGAGCUGAAGCAGGUCCUCAAGGAGCACAUGUUUCCGAAGGACGAGACGCCAGUGCAGAUGUCCAUGAAGGGUCUCAGCUCGAUGAAGAAGUCCCAGCUCUUGGCGAAGGCAGAGGAGGUAGGCGCCCACGUGACACAGGGCAUGACGAAUCCGUCACUCAAGCUCUCGAUCCGCAAGGCCAUCCUCAUGAAGCAUACCCCGGAGCCGACCGACUACAUGGGCUUCGGGAAGCACGGAGCCAUGACCUACCAGCAGGUUCGGAGCCAGUACCCAUCCUACGCAGCCUGGUGCCAGAAAGAGGCGAACCAGGAGAGCAGCUGGGAGCUGGCCCGGUUUGCCUCAUGGCUCAACGAGCAGGAGAUCAUCGACAAGAAGAAGGCCGGGGUGACCAGGGAUCCGAAGGAGGUCCCGAGAGAGCCGGACAAGGCUCGAGGGGGCGCGAGGUCAUCCCGCAGGAGAACGGUAGACGCGAUCAUGGAGGACGAGAUCGAGGAGCAGGAGAAGUUCGAGGCUGCGAUCAAGGUGCAGAAGGAGGAGAAGGAGUCCAACCGCUUGGUCCAGGAGCAGAUGCUGACGGCGCUGAACCAGCUCAACCAGAGGAUCGGCCAGCUGGAGGGCCAGGCGAGCUCAGCCAGUUCCAACGCCGGGAGCUUCGAGCUGGACCCCAGGAAGCAGCGCUGGCUUGCCAAGUGCAUCCAGGAGAACGGCCACGUUGAGGACUACGAGGCGCUGAUGGCCCACGGCAGUACCAAGUUGAUGGAGGUCGCGUGCAGCCCGACGUCCAUCCUGAGCACUAAGAUGGCGGAGAAGUUCGGCGAGGACGCUGUAUGCCGCAUCAGUGCGUGGAAUGGUUUCAAGCUGGGGGCACCUGGCGGCAACCAGAGGGCUCGGGAGGCACGUGAUGAGGCUGAACCAGACCACCUGUGGAUCAGUACGAGGUGCGGCCCCCUGUCUACCCUCACCCUCGGCUUCAACGGCUCCAACCCUAUCAGGGCGGAGGCCACCAGGAAGCGCAGGUUGCAGGCCAUCAAGGAGUACAAGGGCGCGGUGCAGUUGGUGUAUGACCAGGUGGCUCAAGGCAAGCAUGUACACUGGGAGUGGCCCAUCAAGUGCGAGGGCUGGGGCCACACGAUGAUCAGGAAGAUGGUGGAGGACUGCUCCAUGACGGUGGUGAAGGUGGCAGGCUGCCAGCUCGGCGUGAAGGACGGGAAGGGCCUGCCGCUGUUAAAGGAGUGGCUUAUCGCUACGACGUCUCCAAAGAUGGCAGCCCGGAUGUCCCUGGAAUGCCCAGGAGAUCACCGACAUGGGGAGCUCACAGGAGGCAGUCUGACAGCGGCCACCAGCUAUUACCCGGACGAGUUUGCCAGACGAGCUGUGCGCGCGAUGACCGAGGAGGCCGCGCCCGACUACCACGAGUUCAUGAGGUGCGUGGUGGAGCCCGGGGAGGCGACCGACCAGGCGAUGGCAGCCAACCAAGAGGAGACAAAGAUGAACUCAGACUUGAGCUCGAAGGAGUACCAGCAGAUCAUGAGGUGGCUCACCUCAAUCCACCGUGGCUCAGGUCACAGCUCGAAGGCCUCCAUGCUGAACGCACUUCGGAGGAAGGGCGCCAGCCCACAGGUGCUACAGGUGGCUGAGGACUUCCACUGUGACGCUUGCGAGGAGGCGCACAAGUUCAAGCCCACACAUCCGCCGGUCAGCUUAGAAGCCAUCCCGCCGAAGUGGAAGCACAUCCAGGCGGACCAGUUUGAAUGGGAGCACCCGCAGACGAAGGUUAAGUCCAAGAUCUCCCUGAUCAUAGACGAGAACUGCCGGGUGCGCGUCAGCAAGCUACUGUACCACAUGGUUGGCGAGGACCGGCACAGGAAUCCCGUGUGGGCCGACCUCAAGCAGUUCUAUGAGGAGCGCUGGAUGCCCUACUUCGGCAAGCCACAGAGGGUGGUGGACCCCGAGGGCUCCUGGAUGUCCAAGCAGGCGGCUGAGUACUUUGAUUUCGACUCCAUCGCGUACGAACCCAUACCUGGCCAGGCCCAUUGGCACAUCUCCCUCGCCGAGGAGGCCAUCCAGGCCACCAAGGGGACCAUGGACAAGUUGGUGACGGAGAACCCCGAGAUGACGACGGAGGAAGCCCUGGCCAGAGCGACCGCAGCUGGGAACUCACGAGAAGAUGUUCGAGGACACUCACCCCUUCAACAUGCCCUCGGGCGAGCACCAGACCUGGACGGACACUUCUUUGAGAGCGACUUCGACGAGCUGCCCUACGUGGAGGCCCAGAGGGUCGACAAGGAGUUCGGGGAGAACUACACCAGGAUGUAUGCUGCCGAGCAGGAGUACCUGAGGCAAGUCUACAUGCGACGCAUCAGCAGGGCAGAGAACGCGAAGAAUCAGGCGGUGAAGUCCGUGGUGCCAGGCACGUGGGUGCGCUACUUCCGGAAGGAGAAGGGUGAAGCCAAGGGCCGAUUCAAAGGGCUCGCGAGGGUCCUGGCCACAGAGACGGCGCGGCCGGUGGACGGGGACCUUGGCGAAGGCAAAGACACGCCCUGGACAGUCCACACCUUCAUGAACCAGACGAUGAAGCACGAAUACCUGGACUUCACGGGCCACGACCCCACCGAGGACGACAUGGAACAGAUGAAGGAGAACAUGGCCCUCAUGGCGAAGUCCACUCCAGACGCCCGGGCCUUUUGGGCUCGUCAGGGCACGUCACUGGAGGUCUCCGUUGAGGUUCCCCUGGAGGGGAAGCCGCUCAGGCAGGCCACGCGGCACAUGAGUACCUACAUGGCGAGCCAGCUGCGAAAGGGCAAGCGCGAGAUCUCGGAAAGAACGUUGACCCCGGACGAGGUGGCGAAGUUCGGCCAGGCAAAGGCCACGGAGGUGAACAACUACAUUGUGUCUUCGGUGCUGGAGACGCUCCCACCAGGCGUGACUCCGCCUCCCGAGGACAUCAUGCGCAUGAGGUGGAUCCUCGAGUGGAAGGUGGACGAGAACACGGGCACGAAGAAGCCGAAGGCGAGGAUUGUGGUCCUGGGUUAUAUGGACCCCGAGUACGAGCACCGUCCGACCACCGCCCCAACCAUGACGAGAACUUCGAGGCACCUGGUGCUGCAGACGAUGGCGUGGUUGGGCUUCAAAGGCUACAAAGCGGACGUGACGGGGGCUUUCACGCAGAACAGAGAGAUCCAGCAUGACCUGUUCGUGAUGCCUGUGAAGGAGCUCGCGGCGGCGCUGGGGAUGCCCGAGGGCGUUGCGAUGCAGCUCAGGAAGGCGGUCUACGGGCUCGUGGAAGCAGCGAUCGAGUGGUUCAUGACCGUGAGCGAGGCACUGGAGGAGUUCGGCUGGACCCAGAUGAAGAUGGACCCCUGCGUGUGGGUGCUCUACGGUGACGGCCACGGCAGGGAUAACGGCUUCACCAAGGAGGCGCUGAAGGACUUCACGAACCCAGAGGUGCUCGGGGACCUGAUCGCGGCGAAGGGGGACAUGGACAUCAUAGCCAUUGCGGGGUCGCACGUGGGCGACUUCCUGCUCGGUGGCAACGACGCAGACCCCCGGUGGAUCACCGCCCGGGAACAGAUUGAGAAGCGCUUCAAGUGGAAAGCCUGGGAGUCGGAGGAGUUCAUGCAGACGGGGGUGCGGAUCAAGCAGCAGCCCGACAGGAGCUUCCGCAUGGACCAGAGCGAGUAUGUGAAGACCAUCGAGAAGGCGUACCUCACCCCGGAGCGCAAGAAGGCCAAGGACAUGCCGACCACCGACAAGGAGAAGGGCCAGCUGAGGGCUAUCUUAGGGGCCAUCGGGUGGAGAUCCGAGCAGUCAGGCCCCAUGCACUCGGCCGACACGAGCCUUCUGCUCAGCACCAUACCAUCGUCCACCGUGCAGACCAUCAACGAGACCAACCGCCUGGUCGAUCGUGUCCGUGAAUGUGCUGAUCUACCCGUGGUGAUACACAGCCACUCUCAGGCACAGGUGCUGGUGCCAGUGGAGUGGUCCGACUCCUCCGAGGCCAACCGUCCCGACGGAAAGUCCACGAAGGGCCUAGUGGCGGGGCUGGCACCUUUGAGGAUCCUCAGGGGAGACGAGGCGGACGUGAGCCUCAUAUCCUGGAAGUCCGGGAAGAUCGAUCGUGGUUGCCGCAGUUCCGUGGCAUGUGAGACACGCUCCGCCGUGGAUGCUGAGGACGAGCUGUUUGGCAUCAAGUUGCAGUGGCUAGAGAUCCUGGGCAACAACAUCGACUGGAGGAAGCCCGAGGGGAUUCAACGCAGACUGCCAGGAGCAGUGGUUGUGGAUUCAAAGGGCCUGUACGACAAGCUGCAGACGACGGUCUACACCUUCCGGGGCAAGGAGAAGCGGACCGACGUGGAGGCCAUGACCCUGAAGGAGGGGACGCAGGCGGCGAACAACUGGAUGCUCUGGGUACAUGGGGAUGCCCAACUCGCCAACUCGCUGACGAAGGGACACGAGCCAGGCCAGCUGCGAAUGUAUUUCAACAACGGGCAUCGCUGGAAGCUGGUCUACGACGAGAAGUACCAGAGUGCACGGAAGAGGAAGGCCGCUGGAAUCCAGCCGUUCGAGCACGUGGGAGCGGGCAUCCUCAAAACGCCAGGCGGGACAAUGGCUCACAUCAGUGCAGCUGCGUGCCCAGACUUCCCGCCAUAUGAGGCCAUGACCGAGUACAGUUCAGACGAGGAGGCGGACUCAAGGAUGCUCAGCUUGGAGGACCCUUAUCCGUGCAAUUCCGAGGGUGAGCAAGCCUGA